CGACCAGCCGGUCGACGCCACGUUCGGUAGCAAGUUAAGGCUGAAGUUGUGCAGCUUGCAUUUUUGUUUUUAUUUUGGAUUCCUCUUCUCCAUUCCAAAACCCGUUUUACCCUGUAUCUCUCAGCCGCAGUGCCCUUUGCAAUUCCUUUUAAUUUCUUGCUUGUUCCCCCUCCAAAAGAGUGCCACCUUUGAGCGCCCUUCCUACCAUCCUCGACACAACUUCUUGCCUAAACGAGACCAAGCAAGCAAACAAACAAUCGCCUCAAUGUCUGCCCAACCCCAGGACCAGAUUAACCAGGCUCCGGCCCAACCCCAAGCCGCAUACCAGACGAAAGCCGAGCAGUUUCAGCAGAGCCAGCAACAACAGCAACAAUAUGGCCCUGCAGCACAGCACCACCACCAGCACGUCGGCGCCACGCCCCUCCAGUCACUAGGCCCAGCACCCGCCGUGGUCGAUUGCCCGUUCUGCCAGCAGCGGGUUAUGACGCGCGUCAACGAGGAGCACUCCAGCAUGACAUACCUCCUCGGUGUCCUCAUUGGCUGCAUCUGCAUCUGCGCCGCCUGCGUUCCCUGCCUGGCUCACAUGUGCCAGGACGUAACGCACUUUUGCACAAACUGCAACCAGCGCGUCGCCCACAUUCCCUAUAGCGGCGGGGUCCAGGUCAUCCAGCCUCAGCCGCACCAGGGCGCCAACGGCCAGUACAACAUGGGCCCCCAGGCCGUCUACGGUAGCGAGAACUCCAAGGGAGCUGGUGUUGCCCCCGCCGCUCAGCAGCAACAGGCCGCUCCUGCGCAACAGAACCAGACUCAGCCCGCACAACAACAAGGGCAAGAUCAUAUCCAACCGGCGCCGCAGCCGGACGCACAGCCGCCUCAGUAUUCUAAGAACUGAUGGGGCUGUUUCCCGGUCUUGUACUGCUGUGGCUUGAUUAUCUAUUAUGUUUUAUCUGCUUCUCUUCAUACCCCUCGUUUCCUCAAGGCUACCAGCCCAUUUCUUUUUUUUUCUUCCUUUUUUGCAUUACAACAAAUACCCUCAUGUUUUGAUUUGUCUUUGUGGCUCAGUUUUUACCCAUUUUGAUUUUAAUAAUACCUACCUAGUCGUCUUUUACGACAGCUGAACUAGGAUGAAAAUAUCCAGCACCAAACAUUGGGGAGGAGUCGCUUCAAAAGCAUCAUGUUCAUGUUCCUACAUAGCUACAUACCUAGUCUAAUAAAAUAGACAUAUCUAAAAAUGAAGUUGAUCAAGUUUGUUUGCCCAA